CUCUUAUAAGCUUAUUGAACAAUUGAUGCUGAUAUAUUGUUUUCAUAUUGUGUAUCGGCCACUCCCUCAAUACCUCUCUUUCCUACCAUAUCUCCCCUCCUUUCUCUGCGUCAAAAGCCUAUAUAUAAGGCUUCCCCCCUUCAAGGGCCGGCCUUUGCGUUGCACAUUGCACAUAUUACAUUGCAGAAUCCAACAUGGGAAGGUCUCCUUGCUGCGAGAAAGCUCACACUAACAAAGGAGCAUGGACCAAGGAAGAAGACGAUCGUCUCGUUGCUUAUAUUCGAGCUCACGGCGAGGGCUGCUGGCGCUCUCUCCCCAAAGCCGCCGGCCUCCUCCGUUGUGGCAAGAGCUGCCGUCUCCGCUGGAUCAACUACCUCCGUCCCGACCUCAAGCGCGGCAAUUUUACUGAACAAGAAGAUGAGCUCAUCAUCAAGCUCCAUAGUCUCCUUGGCAAUAAGUGGUCGCUGAUAGCUGGGAGAUUACCGGGAAGAACUGACAACGAGAUAAAGAAUUACUGGAAUACUCAUAUAAGAAGGAAGCUUCUGAGCAGAGGAAUUGACCCCGCGACUCACAGGCCUCUCAACGGGGCUUCUCAGAACCAAUCUCUUGCCCCAUCUGCUUCUGCUGCUAAACAGCAAGAGUCGGAGAUUCUGUUUUCUGAUGCGAAUUCCAAACGACCCGGCGUCUUAGAAGUAUGCCCUGACUUGAACCUUGAGCUAACCAUCAGCCUUCCCCACCACCACCAUCAUCAGCCGCAACCAGAUCAGCCACCGCUUAAGAGCAGUAAUGGAAGCGGCACGGCUGGCGAUGGUUAUGAUUUCUUGGGAUUGAAAAGCAGUGUUUUGGAUUGCAGGAGCGGCGUAACCCAAAUAGAUUGGAGAGCACUCAGAGAAUGAUUUGUGUGUACCCACCAUUUUAAAAUCCUCUUCUUUCUCGGAUUGUAUAAUUUGUUAAUUACGGAUGCAUAUAGGAUAUAUAUAGUAUCAAGACAUUUUGAUCCUCUAAUAUAUCUAAACAAUUAGUUUUUUUAACAAAAAAAUCAUCUUGAUAUUUAUUCAUUGGUGUUCUUUUUUUUUUUGGGAUUAGUUACCAAUGUAUGGAGACCGGCAAGUUCUCCGCUAUAUACACACACAUAUAUAUUGGCACUAUUUCUGAGGAAUCUGCAUAUAUCUCUUUGAUUGGUUCUUGCGAGGGCAGUAAGGACAAGAAGAGGGUGGGGCGACCAUUUGUUUUGCUGUAAUUGAUGAUGGUGUCAGCAUACUUGUAGAGACCUGUGAGGUUAAUGUUUUUAUGUAAAGAAAAGAAAUAAAAAAGGAGAGAAGGAUAUCAAUGGA